UGUAAUAUUUUCCAAUUUUAGGAUGCAUUUUGUUAAAACGAACAUUUGUCUCCUUCACACUUUCUUCCUCUUCGUCCAUCAUUUUGCUGUCUGUAGCUGAAUUUUGAUCAUGAAAUUCGAAUGAAAAUAUCAUCACAAUUACUUAAGAAUUCAUAUAUUUCUUAUAAACGAAGAUAAUUCGGAGAUUUUUUUCUUGUUUGUGAAAAGAUGAUUCUUUUAAUUAUGAAAUUAGAGUGAUUUUGAAGGAUUAGGUUUUCAAUUUUCAUGGUGUAUAUAUAGAUAUAUAGAGAGAGUAUCAUGAUGGCGGCGAAUCCACGGCCACUGCAGUCGCGUUUGUACGAAGAUCACGCGCUGUUACAGUCGAUACAGAGGGAGGAGGAGGAUGACGACGGCACGUAUGAGGUUGAUGGAGGUGAAGAAACUAUGGAUGAGGCGGAGGAAAUACGAACGAAGUUUUAAAUCACCAUCAAUAUGGGGGAGGUGGUGGAGUUGUGGAAGUUUCUAGAAGUAGUGAGCUUACUCUUGCUUUUGAAGGUGAAGUGUAUUUUUUUCCUGCUGUCACUCAGGAGAAGGAUGCAUCGGAAGAAUGGUCAAUUUGCAUCUUUGAAAGCAAGUUCUGGAUCUUCUAGCUGCGACUCAGCCAAGAGUAGCCUUGCAGGAGAUGGCACUCAGCAUUCUGAAACUGUUCCUGUAAAGUGUCACCAUUGUGGUGUGAGUGAAAAUUGUACGCCAGCAAUGCGUCGUGGGCCAGAUGGACCAAGGACACUCUGCAAUGCAUGUGGACUAAAGUGGGCAAACAAGGGAACAUUGAGAGAUCUAAGCAAGGGAGCGAGGAAAAUAUCUGUUGAACCAAAAGAACCGGGAACUCCGGACAAUCCCAUGAAGGCCUUUGCUGAAGGAUCUCUUGAUCAGUGUGCUGAUGUAGAAAAGAAUCUAUUCGGCGCUGGGAGCAAUCAUGCAAAUGAGAUACCUGUGGGUAUCACUAGUCCUUCUAGUAAUCUUGUUGAGCAGGAAACUCUAGUUGAUAUUGGAAAUGCUCCCAAAACUGAAAUUGACAUUCCUGCAAAUUUUGACUACCCGUAAUUAUUGUUGUAACAUACCCCGAUUGCAGUGACAUCUCCUUUUCCAGAGAGAUAUUACCAUUUCAAACUAACCCUGUUAAUUAGGAAUGGAUGCAAGUGUAAGUGUUGAUGCUUGCAAAUUAGUAAGUAAUACUAUUGGUGCCUAGCCAAUUCGUACUAGUGUGAAUGUUCGCUUCCUGUACAUCCUGAGCUAGUUCGAAUUCUAAACCUUCGUUGUAUACUAAUGGUGAUGAUCUCAUGUUUCUUUCAAAAUCCUUUCUUUAUUGCAUGGUUUUACUUGGUA